AAGGGACUCGCACACUGAAAGAAUAUCUUUGAUGAAGACAGUUCAGGCAAGCAGAAUGAUUAUUGCCAAAGAAGUAUGUGAUUCUUUGAGAUCUUGAAGUGGGUCGGAAGAAUCCUUGCCACCUAACUUAUCAUGGUUUGGGGGAGUUUGACAAGAAUCCAGUUUUGAUAAAGACAAUCGUUUUUUCCUCCCCAAGUGACUAUACAUUUAAAUAGCUAAAACAUCUGUUCAGUAACAUAGUAAAACAUAUACACUCGGAACGCCUGAGAGAAGAGCCUGCCAAACGAUCGGUUGAGAGGGGCAGCACCCUCUUGCUGGGGGGAGAGCACCAAGAUAAAGCAACCACUGUUUGUUUUGUCUGGUCAGGGGGAAAGCCAAGGCGACCAAUAUUUUUGGGUUUCUUUUAUUUCAUUUGUGAAGAAGUAUUUGAGAAAGGGUGGCGAGAGGACAUAUCCUGACGGGCUUUUUUUUAACCUGUCCAUUAGUAGAAGAGCAUGAGAACCUUGGAUGUCAACGCCUAACAGACUCUUGAGACCAGCCACCAAGCCACAAAAAGCGACUUUCUUCUUGCCUGGCCCUUACAUCUCUCCCAAUGGAUGCAGAGACAGGGAGCAGCGUGGAGAGUGGGAAGACGACCAACAGAGGCACUCGAAUUGCCCUGGCCGUGUUCGUUGGUGGCACCCUGGUGCUGGGCACGGUCCUCUUUCUAGUGAGUCAAGGUUUCUUAAGCCUCCAAGCUAAGCCGGAGUACUGCCUGAAGCCAGAAUGCAUCGAAGCUGCUGCUUCCAUCUUGAGUAAAGUAAAUCUGUCUGUGGACCCCUGUGAUAAUUUCUUCCGGUUUGCUUGUGAUGGCUGGAUAAACAGUAAUCCAAUUCCUGAAGAUAUGCCAAGCUAUGGGAUUUAUCCUUGGCUGAGACGUAAUGUCGACCUCAAGUUGAAGGCACUUUUGGAGAAAUCAAUCAGUAGAAGGCGGGACAUCGAAGCCAUACAGAAAGCCAAAAUCCUUUAUUCAUCUUGCAUGAAUGAGAAAGCGAUCGAAAAAGCAGAUGCCAAGCCAUUGUUACAUAUCCUGCGGCACUCACCUUUCCGCUGGCCUGUUCUUGAAUCUAAUAUCGGUCCUGAAGGGGUUUGGUCAGAGAGAAAGUUCAGCCUUCUUCAGACACUUGCGACGUUUCGUGGCCAAUACAGCAAUUCUGUGUUCAUUCGUUUGUAUGUGUCCUCUGAUGACAAGGUGUCCAACGAACACAUCUUGAAGCUGGACCAAGCAGCGCUCUCCCUAGCCGUGAGGGAAGACUACCUUGAUAAUAGCACAGAAGCCAAGUCUUAUCGGGACGCCCUUUACAAGUUCAUGGUGGAUACUGCCGUGCUUUUGGGAGCUAAUAGCUCCCGAGCAGAGCAUGACAUGAAGUCGGUGCUUAGGUUGGAAAUUAAGAUAGCUGAGAUAAUGAUUCCACAUGAAAACCGAACCAGUGAGGCCAUGUACAACAAAAUGAACAUUUCCCAACUGAGUGCUAUGAUUCCCCAGUUUGACUGGCUGGGCUUCAUCAAGAAGGUCAUUGAUGUCAGACUCUACCCCGAACUGAAAGACAUCGGCCCCUCAGAGAAUGUGGUGGUCCGUGUCCCUCAGUACUUUAAGGAUUUGUUUAGGAUAUUAGGCUCUGAGAGGAAGAAGACUGUUGCCAACUAUUUGGUGUGGAGGAUGGUUUAUUCCAGAAUUCCAAACCUAAGCAGGCGCUUUCAGUAUAGGUGGCUGGAAUUCUCACGGGUAAUCCAGGGUACCACAACUUUGUUGCCUCAGUGGGACAAGUGUGUCAACUUUAUUGAAAGUACGCUCCCUUAUGUUGUUGGAAAAAUGUUUGUGGAUGUACACUUCCAGGAAGACAAGAAGGAGGUGAUGGAGGAAUUGAUUGAGGGUGUUCGAUGGGCCUUUAUUGACAUGCUGGAGAAAGAAAAUGAGUGGAUGGAUGCAGGGACGAAAAGGAAAGCCAAAGAAAAGGCAAGGGCUGUUUUGGCAAAAGUUGGCUAUCCUGAAUUUAUAAUGAAUGAUACUCAUGUUAAUGAAGACCUCAAGGCAGUCAAGUUUUCAGAAUCUGACUACUUCGGCAACGUCCUGCAAACCCGCAAGUAUUUAGCACAGACUGAUUUCUUCUGGCUGAGAAAAGCUGUUCCAAAAACAGAGUGGUUUACAAAUCCAACGACUGUCAAUGCCUUCUACAGCGCAUCCACCAACCAGAUCCGAUUUCCAGCAGGAGAGCUCCAGAAACCUUUCUUUUGGGGAACAGAAUAUCCUCGAUCUCUGAGUUAUGGCGCUAUAGGAGUAAUUGUUGGACAUGAAUUUACACAUGGAUUUGAUAAUAAUGGUAGAAAAUAUGAUAAAAAUGGAAACCUGGACCCUUGGUGGUCUGUUGACUCAGAAGAAAAGUUUAAGGAAAAAACAAAGUGCAUGAUUAGCCAGUAUAGCAACUAUUUUUGGAAGAAAGCUGGCUUACACGUAAAGGGGAAGAGGACCCUGGGAGAAAAUAUUGCCGAUAAUGGAGGUCUGCGACAAGCUUUUAGGGCUUACAGGAAAUGGAUAAAUGACAAGAGGCAGGGGGUUGAGGAGCCUCUCCUACCCGGCAUUGAAUUCACCAACAGCCAGCUUUUCUUCCUGAGUUAUGCUCAAGUGAGGUGCAAUUCCUACAGACCAGAAGCUGCCCGAGAACAAAUCCAAGUUGGUGCUCACAGCCCCCCUCAGUUUAGGGUCAAUGGUGCAGUUAGCAACUUUGAAGAAUUCCAGAAGGCUUUUAACUGUCCAUCCAAUUCCACGAUGAACAGAGGCACGGACUCCUGCCGACUCUGGUAGCUGGACUGUUGGUUUAUGCCAUCCUGAGAGAGUUGUGCAGUGCUCAUCACCUACUGCUUUAGGCCUGUGUUCCCCUGAGGUUGUUUAUUUUUGAUGCAUCUUCAUUACUUGGGUAUUGCUUAGAUCUAAACAGUAUCUAUUCAGAGUUGUAAGGCUUAAAAAAAUGGAAUGCAAAAAAUCGAAUCAAGUAUGUUUCUAUAGAAAACCAAACCAACAAAAAUAAGUCCCUAGGCUGCUUUUGUUAAAAUGCUGUCUGCUGAAUUGUUGCUGUUGUCCAUUUUAGUGUGUAAGCCACAGCUAAGUGGUCCAUAUCAUUUUAAUCUACAGCUUUGCAGGGGCCCUAAGUAGAACGUAUCCAGAAGAAAAUUCAGCCUAUUACACUUGCAACCCUCAGUGAUGUGGACAUGUGCGAGGAUACCUGGGAGGUCUUUCUGCACUGUGGAGCGCACUGUGAGAUUUCACACAUCGUCAUUACAUAGCGUUGAUUAACUCUAAGGUAGUUAGAUUAGAAAUAUGUUGAAUUCUCAUUUUACAAUAUUUGAUGAAGUUCUUGCCUUCAGCUUUGGAGCCUGUUGGCAUGAAAACGUGCCUCACAGCUUGUAUCUGGUGUAGCUUAUUGCCCUGUUCAAGUCAGCAUGAGCAAAGCUGGCAGAAAGGCUGCUUGGUAAAGGUUUGAGUUCGUCAAAUAGAAAGACAAGGUUGUAUCUGUAAGUCCCAGAAGAAGCCAAAACACCUAGUCACGCAACAGUGGGGACACUAAGAAAUGACAUCUCCAAAAUUCGAUCUAGUCUGCCCAAACCUUGGAGAUUAUGUCAUCUGCUGGAUACUUCUCUUCAGUCCAGUUCCUGAUUGUCUUGUUAUCCUCAUAUAUGUGCAUUCUCCUGUUUCUGAAAUGAGUAGGCAUCGAGAAAAUGAUUUUCUGAUUCCCCUUUAGGAAUGUAUGGCUUUCCUUCUCCUUUAGUGCAAAGGGACAAACCCCACACUGAGGAGGGCGCAAAGUGGCUCAGUUAAAGUUACCUCUCUUUUAAAGAACCUUUUUGAAAAAUUUCUUGAUUAAAGACAUUUUAGAAUCUGUUGAUUGAAUUGAAAAUUCCCUUCAUAGUCUAAAGAAACAUAAUUUUUACUCUUCAAGUCUUCUUCUAAAGAGUCUGUAAGAAAGAGCAGUAUUACGUUUUUGAUCCUCAGAGCUCUGUCUUUUCAAGCUCUCACACUUUUCAAGUGUGUGUUCAGCGUGUGUGUAGGAUAAAAUUGUAAUGGCCUUAAAGUGGUUACCUGGCAUUUUCGGUUUCUUAAAAUAGCCAUCCCCCCUUCACAUUAUUCCUUGUACAUGUGGUUCUAGGUUAAGUAGGCCAAUAGGAAAAUCUCGGAAGCAAAAUGACAAAUUCAGGCUAACCAGAGGAAGCCAUUUUACAUCCCUGGGAUUUGUCAUUUAAAAAAAAAAAUAUAUAUAUAUAUAUAUAAAAGUGUGUGCCAUGUCCUUUUGUAACCAUGGGAACUUAAGAAGGGAGAAAAAUGCAGGGGCACCAUCAUGAGGAAAACAAUUCCACUGCGUUAGUCAGAGGAGAGUGAUUUUCCCCUUGACUUCCCGCUUUCUGAAUAGACAGACUCCUGAAGAGCGGCUACCUUUUCCUCCUUAACCAUGGCUUAAUGUGACCUUACUUUGUAUUUUGAAAACAAGCAGUUACUGUGUCUUUUCUCCAGAGGAAUCAUUCUGAUUUGGUUUAGACUUAGAAGAUUCUCCUUGUUUUUUUCCUGUAUCUGGACAUUUAAAAUCAGCUGAGAUUUUUAAGGCUUACAUGAAUAGCAUUUUCCUUCUAGAUUUCUCUUUUUAAAUUCCAAAUAAACACAUUCCUGCAGGUCAGAGAAAGUGUUUGAUAAAAGCAUAGAAUUAUGAGUUUGGAAAUGGGACUCGUUCAGUCACUUAAUGGUUUAGGAAAACUGGUUGGUGAACAGUUGGGGCCCUCACAGUUUCUGAAUGAUGUGGCUACUUUGUCCUGACUAACUUUACCUGAUGUAACUCAACUAUACUGAAAGCUGUAGAUAGGAUGGCUGUUAUUACAACAAACUCACAGAAGCCCAAAUCAUCACUACUAACUGGAACAAUAUUCUAGUAGAUUGAAUUUCCAAAUACAUGCUCAUGUUUAAAUUUUCAGAGUACAUUCUUAUUGUCCCUUCUCUUCAAUACAGAUUAGCAUAAAAGAAUCAGACGCUGAUUAAGUGGUAGAGGGAGGAAGGUAAAAUGCAACUGGAAGGGAGAGAGAAAAAGUAGGGAGAAGCUGGCCUAAGAAUGUGACUCUGAAGAGAACACAGGAUUUUGGCAGUCCUUGCCAAGCACAUCCACUGGAGUAGGGCCAUAAAGUUUUACAAAAAUAAUUAUGCUAAAUUAAAAGGAAAUUAGAUAUUGGAUCUCAGACUAGGACUGCCAGACCAAACUUCUCUGAUUCAUAUACCAGAUGCUCUGCCAGUGAACUAUUGUCUGGGCAAUGGAAGGAAUUAGGUUUUUUUGGGAAAGUCUCCUGGAUUAGUCAAGGGUCUUAUGUAUAUAAAAUGAUCUUGUUUGGGCUUAUCAUCAUUGCGCAAAGUUUCCUGAGCUUUUUACCAACCACAUAGCAUUGGCCUCCUAUUUCCAUUUUUUUUUUUCCUUUUAUGAGAUGGACUUGGAAGUGAUUACUGCAAGCUCAGGAUUCGUAAAUUAUCCUUAAGUUUAUUCAGUGCCUUUCCUCAGUGGAGCUUAAAGCACAGCACAUAAAUUUUAUCUCAUUUAGCCUUGGAGCAUCAGUAAGAAGCAACUAGGAACUAUGGCUUGCCACACAGGUUGUGCUUGUGCCAGAGCAGUGGAGAGGUUUGAAAUUGCUUCUCAAGUAUCCCAGAGUCAGGAAAGGCAGAGCCUUUGUUCUUUGGGCUGCUGACCUUUGCGUUAACCUUCAUCCCGUAGAUUACCCUAUUUCUGAAUACAUUUAUUCCAUCAGUAUUUCUGUAAUCACUUAGCAUUUGAUAGGCUUCUUCCUUGAUAUUUUUAACAUAAUGUCUCAGUUGCAUAUUAAAUUAUGGAAGAAUAUAUGAUUAUUUCAAGCAACAACAUUCUCAUUGCCAGUGGCAGUGCCCCACUGGUUUGAAGAAAGGUGUUCUUGGAUUAUGCAUUUCUUAUCUAAAUGGUCAUUGUAUUUUCUUCCCCUACUUGUGAAACAAUGUGAGCAAUCAUUUUAAGGACAAUAAAAAGUUGAAGAUA